AUGUCACCAUACGGGAAGCACGUGCUGAAAACAUUUGAUAUGUUUCCUAACUCGGGCGUGCCCAAGGGUUCAGUAUCAAAAUAUGCAGUCUGGGAAGGACCUGAUCCCGUAUACUGGACACAGCGUGGCUACGCUGUCCUCAAUGCUGACAGCCGGGGCUCUUGGGCUUCAGAGGGCAAUCUUAAAGUCCUUGGUCCUCAGGAGGCAGAAGACGGAUACGACGUAGUUGAGUGGGCAGCGGUACAACCUUGGUCAAACGGCCGAAUAGGCCUUUGCGGAGUAUCCUAUCUAGCAAUCGUGCAGUGGCGUAUCGCACAGCUUAACCCGCCACAUCUUUCCUGCAUUAAUCCCUGGGAAGGAUACACUGAUGCAUUUCGAGAUCACACACACUGCGGAGGUAUCCCGGAGACAAAGUUUACCAGGUUCUCAGAUUGGUCUUGUCAAUUCUCACAUAAGCCAACUGAAAAUUGGUACGCCAAUAAUCAAAUUCACGAGCUGAUGGACGCUUACAAUGAAUCCAAAAGAGCUGGAAGGUUAUCUGCAAUUGCAAUCCCGGCUUAUAUUGUUGCUGACUGGGGUGACUUUGGGCUUCAUACGAGAGGUACACUAAACGGAUACACAGAAAUUGCUUCCCAGCAAAAAUGGCUUGAGGUUCAUGGGCGCAAGAAGUGGCAGUACUACUACCAGCCUGAAAGCUUAGCUCGUCAAGAAGCAUUCUACCAGAGAUUUCUCAAAAAUGAACCCAGUCAGGUCGACGAAUGGCCUCCAGUACGAAUUGAGGUACGCAAUCGAGCUUACGAAGGUUAUAUACGAGAAGAACAGGAGUGGCCAAUUAGGCGGACGCGAUUUUCAAUGAAAUACCUCGACGCGCAGUUAGGGCAGUUGAGUAACCAGCUGAAGCCAAAUAUUUCGUCAAGUUCAUACGACUCUUUGUCGACCUCUGAAAAGGCACAAUUUACGUACAUAUUCGACAAGGAAACAGAACUGACAGGCAGCAUGCGAUUACGACUCUGGGUCUCUACGUCUAAAGGCAACGACCUUGAUUUAUUUGUGCAGCUCGAUAAGCUGGAUGUAAAUGGGGAACGGGUUCCGUUCAUUGCAUUUUCUAUGUUCGAUACAGGCCCGCUUGGCCUUGGCUGGCUGCGGGUUAGCCAUCGAGAGCUAGACCUCGACUUAAGCGAUCACAACCGCCCAUGGAUGUCACAUAAGAGGAAGUUGCUCUUACGACCGGGAGAGAUCGUUCCGGUAGACAUCGAGAUUAUUGCAACAUCAACCCGCUUCCUGGAGGGUGAGACCUUGCUGCUUACAGUUCAAGGGACCGACAUUUUCCGCGACGAUAAAGUUCCACAGACGAUGCUUCACGAAAACACUGUUAAUAGCGGCAAGCACCGAAUCUAUACAGGAUCUGUUUUCGACUCCUACAUAGUCAUGCCGAUUAUUGACUAA